UCCAUUCCAUCAUGCCCUCGAAAGGUCUGGUUUAUGCAUUCUUGGCCCUGGUAGCCACAGCUUCAGCGGCCACUCUCGAAAAACGGUCUGUGACAUGUCUUACCGUCGGCUCAACAGCUACAGCCAGGUGGACGAACGCGGCAGGUCAGACCUGUACCUGGACUGGGACUGUCGGAAGCAACUUUGGCACUAACUCGGUCAACGGCGGAGACUACGGCUGCAAUGGGCGAUGUGGCGCUGGAUGCUCUGGAACAGCGGUCGGUAACGCAUACACGCAAGACUGCUUCUCCCAUGACAUUUGCUCGUGGUUCAAUAACGCAAGCGGUGGUUCAAGUGAUCCGAAUUGCGGCAAAGCAUACGAUGCAGCAGUCGAUGACACCCUUACGGGCGCAGCUAGAGGAUGUGGGCAGAAAAACCCGUCUAAUGCUGCACGGGCUCCAAAUGGACUUCCUUCGUGUUCAUAAGGAAACGCUGGAUAGAGUCCGAGCAAGACAUGAAGUGUACGAAAUGCUCACUUCUUUCCAGCUUCAGAAAGACCCAAGUACGUCAAGGGCAUGGCGAUCUGUGCUGGAUGGAUAUCGCAGCUCCUGAGCCUUUGUACCAGAAUGCAGAACAGAUCAAGAGACAAGAAGUGUGGAAAUUUG